GGUACGGAAGUGGCGCCACUGAGCCAAUCGGCUGCUGAGCGUUGAUCGAAGGAGCCAAUGAGCGAUGAGGAGGCGGUUUAAAAGCUGCCGGCGGCCAGGCACGGUUAUUCCUGAGGGGGUGUGUCUGUGCGGUCUGCGGCCCUGGCGUGAUCUGGGACGGACCGAACAGAACCGAACCCUCAGCUCUGUACGUGUUGCUGUACUGCCCUAGCGCGGGGAGCUGCCGGUGGCCCUUGAGAGUCAUCUCAUCAACAAGAAGAUGGCAACGCUAAUCUUUACUGAUCAGGAAAACGGUGAAGUUGGUGCUACCAAGAACCAGCGAAGACUCCCUUCAGUGUCCUCAAAAGUCUUCUCUGAAGGAACUCAAGUUAACACUCCACUUCCUAAAAAAACCAUUGGUACUUCUCCAGCCACAUCUCACUCUGUCAGAAAGGCUCUUGGAAAUGUGAAUGGAACUGAAGGAGUCAUGACCAAGAUGGAAAAGAUAAGACAGAAAAAUCAGGCUUGCACUGCAAACAAAAUUGCUGAAAAGUCUGCUGGAUUAGAAAGCUGUGAUGCAGUGGCUGAAGAAGAGUGGCCAGAAAUAGAAAAUAUGUUUUCUUUUGAUCCUCAAGACUUUGAGAGUUAUGAUCUUCCUGAAGAGUACAAACUAAGCAAUAUCAACCUGCGUGGUGUUCCCCUCAUGAUAUUUGAAAGGACAUAUGACAAAUACGUGAACAUGGUUCCUUCCCCUGUGAAGACUGAAGAGUUUUCACAGGAGUCUAACCUGCUACAAGCAACUGCUGACUUCCUUGCUACCCUGGAUGAGAUCAUUAUUGACAUGCCACCUCCGUUAUGACCCCGGAACCUUCUUUACAGGCACUAAUUGAGUUCAAAUGUCAUGUAAUUCUGUAAUUUAAUAAAGGCUAACCUAAUCUGUAUAA